CAUCAUCAUCAUCACGUACGCUUCGAUCGCAAAAGAGUAAACUCAGUAUGAUGAGCACGGGAAAUAAUAAUAAUAAUAAUAACAAAAGUAACGAAUCUCGUCAGGCUGAGCAUACGGGGUAAGUCUUUUAAUUUCCCUAGCAAUAUAUUGCACACACACAAUCUAUAGACAGAAAGAUGAGUGGCUAUGCUUAUUUUUAAAGAAUGAUUGCAGUAGCGAUAAAAAGGGGAAAAAGAGUUUUCUGGAGCGAAUUGGUCUUCGUCGGCGAAAAAAGACGAAUGAAUCUUCUACAAAAGACGAGGAUGACCCUGAUACAAUAGCGGCGGACGAGGAUGAUGUAUCAGAACACAGUACGGGGACAACAUCAUCAUCAGAAUCCAUAGCUGGGCGGAAUAGCACAGAGUCGAGUCGGUCAGGCACGCUACACAUGCCAAAUGCACUUGGCACCCUUCGCGAUCACUUUCCUCAUAUUGGGCUGCCUGUUAAGGUCAAGUCCAAGAACAAAUCCAACCAUGAGCUCUCUCGAUUGUGUUUGGCUCAGACCCUCACACUUUUACCUCGAUCAAUAAACAGCAGUCAGGCUAGACGACCUUCACAUGAUACCCAGGAGCACUCUCAUAGUCAGAGCUUCGCACAUGGUGCAACAUGGACAAUGAUGUUUAGCAAGGAUGGGAAAUACAUGGCUUCGGCUGGACAAUUCUGCAACAUUCAUGUAUGGAAAGUGCUAGAUCACGCAUACAAUGGGGAGGAUAGCGAGGAAAAAGAAACGAUCCAUGUGUUUGAGGAUACUCCCCUACGCGAGUAUCGCGGUCAUCUUGCGGAUGUUCUUGAUAUUAGCUGGUCAAGGAACAAUUUCAUUAUCUCGGCUUCAAUGGAUAAGACUGUAAGGUUGUGGCAUGUGUCAAGGGAGGAAUGCUUAGGUGUGUUUCCCCAUCUGGACAUUGUUACAUCUGUGUGCUUCCAUCCCAAGGAUGACUGCUUCUUUCUAUCUGGAUCACUUGAUAGCAGAUUACGGUUGUGGAACAUUUCGGAUAAAAAAGUGGCAUUUUGGAACGAAGUGCCGAAUGGAAACCUAAUAACGGCCAUUGGAUUCACACUGGAUGGCAAGACCGCAUGUGCUGGAUCACAGAUAGGCCAAUGCUUUUUCUACGAGACGCAAGGUCUUCGAUACAACACACAAAUCAAUAUAAGGUUUAGCAAGCGUACGUCGAAAAAGGGCCGCAAGAUUACUGGUAUUGAAGCUAUGCCGGGCUUGCUUCCAGGUGACGAAAAGAUGCUCAUCACAAGCAACGAUUCAAGGACGCGUUUAUAUAACAUGCGGGACAAGAGUCUCAUGUACAAAUACAAAGGCGCGCACAACCAUUCAAUGCAAAUUCGUGCCACAUUCAGUGAUGAUGGACGGAAUAUUGUGAGCGGAUCUGAGGAUGGCAAUGUAUAUAUCUGGGUGACAGAGCCAAUCAUGUAUUCACCAUUCCAUCAUUGGCAAGGAACUGAAGUAGCGCUCGGCGAGUUCGAUGCAAACGACGACGAGCAUUUUCGGACGAGUGCUGGUGGCAGCAAUGUUGCCAAUGGUCAACAGCACCACACAUCCACACCAAGUUCGACGCGUGUGCCUGGAUGGCUUAAGCGCAACAGCGAGAAACAAACCGACAAGUUACGUAGUCAUAGUGAAUACUUUGAAGCGCAUCAACAUGUUGCCACAGUUGCCACGUUUGCACCAACACGAACACGGCAAGCUUUAGCUAGAACCGGACGUGAUACCAUUUAUAACCAUACCCCGAUUGAUCCAGCCCUUGAAGAUCUUCGUCAGCGCCGAUGGAAGGCCAAGAACCAUGAAGAGAUUCGCUUGAUGCGACGUUCAUUCUCGGGCACUGAUUUUGGGAUGCACCGCUUAUGCCUCACGCAGAAUGAUCAGCUCAGCAGCGAUGAAGACGAUGACGGCAUCAGACCGGAGGAGCAGGAGGAAGAAAAAGAGGAGUGGUGGGGCGAACUGCGGGGUAAGUACAGUUAUCCAGACGGGCAGAUUAUUGUUUCCGCAAAUGACACGGGCUGUAUCAAGGUAUGGCGCAUGGAUUCUGGCGUCUAUGAUGAAGUUCUCAUUCAAAAGCAAAAGCGGCCACGGAAUAUGCAUCGGAAGAGCAGCAGUCUCGAUCAUGUUAUAAACCAUCAUCAUCCGCCCAGUACAAGCUCGCACAGAUCCAAUGAAUCUUCAAAGUCAAAGACACGGCCGCACAUAGGACAUCUUCUCUAUUCUACGGGCCGAUCGAAAUAAUCUCUUGCCAUAUACCCCCGCCCCUUUACCUACUUUAGUUUUUCUUGUUUCUUACAUGUAUAGACAUCUUCCCCAUCCCUGUAAUAGCCUUGUAGUUUUGCUUUUCUCUUUGCUCUCGGGUCAGCAUGAAUCCUAAUAAUAAUGUCUAAAAAGUAUGUAGCACGCACACAACUUCCUUUUAUGACAUUGCCAUCACAAUAUACAAGGCAUGCAUAUCCAGGGACGCACAUCACUUAAACAGAGCAUCCAACAAAAGUG